CCAAGCACUCACACCAUAGUCAUUGCUACUCUUCAUCAUUUGUGAAACGAGCUUGUAACCCUACAACUUAAAAGACAAUCCACAAUGGCAAUGGGCAAAGGUUUCAAGCUCUUUCACACCCUUUUCUUGGUGGUUGCUUGGCAAUAUUGUGUGAAAGUGGGUGCCACUUAUGGCGAUGUCACUGGCGUCGUAAAGCUCGAUCAUCAAUUUUCAUUUCGUGCCUUUGGAUCACAUGACACACAAACCCCAGCGAUUGCACCAAUUGCAAGUAGCACAGAAGUCCUAGUGGCUUCACCGUUCGGAAGCAUCGCUCAAACUCCGGAGGCUCUAACCCCGGAGGUUGCAUCAGUUGGAAGCACUGCUCUAACCCCAGAGGUUGCAUCAGUUGGAAGCACUGCUCGAACCCCAACCAUUACACCAAUUGGAAGUACCACACAAGCAUGAGAGUAGCAUUGUUGCACAUGGAGUUUUCUUUGUCUAUUAACAAAGCAAAACCUAAGCCAAACUAAAUCACUAUGGUGUAGACAAAUUCAUUAUUUCUAUUUUUUUUCUUAAAUGAAAUGAUUUUUCUACCCUUUUUCUCAUAUUUAAUUUUCUAUUUUAACUAAAGAAUGAUAUUUUUUAUAUUUAAUGAAAUACGGAUGAAUGUUCCACAUCGG